AUGGAUUACGACAGGCUGAAAGAGGAAUGGAGCGAGGUUGAGGAACGCGAUGGAGUGCGUUUGAGUUGGAACGUCUUCCCUAGCUCACGUAUGGAAGCAUCGCGACUAGUGGUUCCCAUAGGAGCUUUAUAUACUCCUUUAAAAGAAAAGCCAGACACGCCUCUCCUACAAUUCGAGCCGGUCACGUGUAAACAACCUUGCCGCUCUGUCCUCAACCCGUUCUGUCAAGUAGACGUUCGGGCCAGAGUUUGGAUUUGUCCUUUCUGCCUCUCCAGAAACCAGCUACCUCUACAUUACAAAGAUAUUACUGCCAAUGCUAUUCCACCCGAAAUACAUCCAGUCAACACCACAGUCGAAUAUCGGCUUUCAAGGCCGGCUCCUACACCACCAGUAUUUCUUUAUGUGGUUGAUCUUUGCCAAGAGGAAGACGGCCUUUCUUCACUGAAAGAGUCUCUUGUAAUGAGCUUGAGCCUCCUGCCCGAAAAUGCACUCGUGGGCCUCAUCACCUUUGGGACAAUGACUCAAAUUCAUGAGGUGGGAUAUGAAGGCUGUUCGAAAUCUUACGUUUUCCGAGGUAAUAAAGACUAUGCCGCAAAACAAGUACAGGAGAUGCUUGGUCUUUCAUCGUCAGGAGUACGUACUAGCGCACAAGGGCAACCGGCACGCUCCAUGUCUAUGGGUCCCUCAUCCAGGUUUCUGCUUCCCGUCCAGCAAGCGGAAUUUCCACUUACAAAAGCUCUGGAAUCGCUCCAAAGAGACCCCUGGCCAACAGCUAACGACCGUCGAAGCUUGAGGUGUACUGGCGUUGCCUUAAGCGUUGCAAUCGGAUUAAUGGAAUCUACAUUUCAAAAUUCCGGCGGUCGUAUAAUGCUUUUUGCCGGAGGACCUGCAACAGAAGGACCUGGCAUGGUAGUUGGUCCCGAACUUCGUGAGCCUAUCCGGUCUCAUCACGACAUUGAUCGCGAUAAUGUGAAAUAUUACAAGAAAGCUUUAAAGUUCUAUGACAAUUUGGCCAAACGUGCCGCACACAAUGGUCAUAUUGUUGAUAUAUUUGCCGGAUGCCUGGACCAAGUCGGUCUAUUGGAAAUGAAAAGUCUCUGCAAUUCCACUGGUGGUCACAUGAUCCUCACGGAUAGCUUCACGGCUUCCAUGUUCAAGCAGUCUUUCGUUCGCAUUUUUGAAAAGGACGGCGACGACCAUCUCCUUGUGGGGUUCAAUGCAGUUAUGGAGGUCCUCACCACUAAAGAACUAAAAGUCACAGGUUUGAUUGGCCAUGCCGUGUCUCUGAACAAGAAGUCAGUUUCUGUGGGAGAAACAGAAUGCGGCAUUGGAAAUACAUGCUCGUGGAAGAUGUGCGGAAUUGAUCCUCAAGCAAGCUAUGGAGUUUAUUUUGAAGUUGCGAGCCAAGGUCCAGCAACUCAUCAGCAAGCGCCCCAGAAAGGCAUGAUACAAUUCUUAACAUACUAUCAGCAUUCGUCGGGACAAUUUCACCUCCGGGUGACUACUGUCGCUCGUGAUCUUAGCGGUCCAGCUGGUGAUCCUGCAAUCGCCCAAUCCUUCGACCAGGAAGCUGCAGCAGUGCUAAUGUCACGUAUUGCUGUGUUUAAAUCCGAAGUUGAUGACGGCCCAGACGUGCUUCGAUGGGUUGACAGGAUGCUUAUUCGAUUGUGUUCGAGAUUUGCAGACUACAGGAAAGACGAUCCUUCGUCUUUCAGGCUGGAAAAGAAUUUCACUUUGUAUCCACAAUUCAUGUUUCACCUCCGAAGAAGUCAAUUCCUACAAGUUUUCAAUAAUUCGCCGGAUGAAACAGCAUUCGACCGCCAUGUUUUAAAUCACGAAGACGUCGGCAAUUCACUUAUUAUGAUUCAGCCAACAUUAGACUCUUACACCUUUAAUCAGGACGGCGGUCAACCUGUUCUGCUCGACUCGGCUUCCAUUCAGCCUACACAUAUCCUCCUCCUGGACACCUUCUUCCAUAUUCUCAUUUUCCACGGGGAAACGAUUGCUGAGUGGCGUAAAGCAGGGUAUCAGGACCAAGAGGGAUACGAAAACUUCGCCGCCCUGCUGGAGCAGCCUAAAGAGGAUGCCCGCGAUCUGAUCACUGAUCGAUUCCCGCUCCCACGAUUCGUUGUCUGUGACGCUGGUGGUUCGCAAGCUCGAUUCCUACUGUCCAAAUUAAAUCCUUCCACAACACACACUACUGGACCUUAUGGCAGUGUAGGAACCUCCUCAGCUCAGACGAUCUUUACCGAUGACGUAUCCUUGCAGACUUUUAUGGACCAUCUGAUGAAAUUGGCCGUGAGUGGGACCAACUAA